AUGGACAUCGUACAAAUGAUCACCGGAUUGUUCCAGCAGUUCGUUGAGGAAGACUACGCGUUUGCCGCGAUUGAGCAACCUCUUGCAUCACUGCAGGAGCACUAUAUGGUCCUCACCUCCGAGCUGCAUCAGGCCGUUGAAGAAAACCAAAAGCUGAAAGCUACACUGGAAUCCGUAGGAAAUGCCAAAAUGAGUGUGGAAGAUGAUCUCGUCGAGACAAAAAAGUGCCUGGAGGAUACUCAACUGUGGCUUCGUGCUGCUAAAGAGCAACUGAAGACCUUGAAGAGCCAGCUAGCUUCAUUUCAAGCGGACAGAGAAGAGUUAGAACAAGACAUCAAAACGAGAGAAACCGAGAUAUCUGCAGCUCAGAGUGCAAUGGAGGACAGACUUCGCGUCCUCCAGAUAGAGAAGCAGAGCCUCGAAAGUGAACAGAUACGUCUGUUGAGUGACCUAGAUGACAAGAUGGCAGAACUCCUAAAAGAGCAACAAACACUCACCCAGCUUGAGGAGACUCUGAGCGCAGUCCGCGAGGAGAAGCAAAAGCUCGAAGACGAGGUCUCACAUGCUACGGCUUGCUUAGAGGCGAAGGCCACUGAAGCCGAUGAAGAACGCAGCGCACGUCUGGAGAUCGAAAACGAUUACGAUGCGUUGAUUGUAGAGAAACAGGAACUCGACAUUGCGCACUUUUGUGCCAUUUCCGACGUCAAGAACAAGGAGGUCGAGCUGGAAAGGUUGCGCCAGCUUCGUGGUCAGAUGGAAGAAGCUUUAGAGGAGAAGAACGCUGAAGCUGAGAAUGAACGCGUUGCUCGGACAGCACUCGAGCGGCAGCAGGCGGCACUCAGGGAGGAGAAUGCGCAGUUGCGCAUGACUCUCGACGCAGCAGCGGUCGAUAGGGAGAGCUUAUUCGCUCGCAUUGCAGAUCUCGAGAGACGCAUCAGCACUCCCUGCAUAGGAAACAUUGACAAUUCCCGACGGGCGAACAAUCCUGAGCAGCUGCGUCAACUGGAGAGCGAUCGCACAGCGCUUUACAGCCUGAUGCGAAGAGCAGAGGGAGUGCCCGAGUUGAGGGAGGAACUGAAGAAGGCGCAUCAGCGAGGCACGAACCCAGAGACUGUAGACGAGACUCUGGCAGAAUUCCGCAUGGAGGGCUCAUGCUCUAUACAGUGACAUAGUCAUCUAUCAUCGCAUGCCUGAUACUAUGCCUUCACAAUCACUCACACUAUGCCUUCACAAUCGCUCUUCAUCAGUCAUGUUUCUCUAUCUUGUCAGUAUUAUCGAGCACAUCCACGCAUACACGAAUGGGAUAGGAGUCGAACGGAUACUGAUGUGAAUGAGUUGCAUCGAUUACGAGAUGACUCCGAUUACGAGAUGUGCUUCACGGGCAUGAGUGCUUGCACGCCCUCAACGCACCAUUUUCAUAUAUCCCAAGCAGGUCUCUGCGCUGCAGCUUCCAUGCAUGAAUGCUUGAUGAAAUGCACAGGGUCGCCACAAGGCUCUGAUCUGAUGGCUAGAAAUGUGAUGCCACGCCCUAUACACGACUCA